UGGGGAGGAGUCUCGUCGUGGACCGAUCGUGUAACAAAACGCUACGCCACCGACCAAUAGGUAAAACGUCUUCCGUUCACAAUUCAAUUGAAUAAUAUUAUUAUUAUUAACCAAAAUCUAAUAGAACAAGAACAGCAACGAGAAAUUAUAAAUCGAAAGUAGCAUCUUAUGGUUUUCUUAUAAACGUUUGGCUGAAUUGCUGCUGUGUUGUCUUUGAUUUCUAAUUCCCAUUUUGCCUCUCACGUCAACAUUCCUGUCUCCACCGACGAACCCAGAUUCCUUCCGAUUGAGACCCACAAGGCCAGGCAGCUCAAAUAUCGCAUCCGACGCGGAAAGUUGCAGACUUUACGUUGCUGUUUGGCUUUCAGCGAAGAGCCUUUUUUAUUCUUCUUUCCCAACUUGUGGAGAAGCGUGAUGAUGAUCUUUACCUGCUAACCUCGGUUGGUUCGUUGGAGAACGAAAGAAGAUGAUCGGAUUGAAGGAGAAGGUCUCCAAUCAGCUGUCUCGCUUAUUUGCCGAUUCGCCCAAUUCCUCUCCUUCUGAUUCCGUCGCCUCACGCCCUUCUCAUAAUUCUCAGGGCAGGACAGCUAGUCAAGGGGAAAAGUCAUUUUCUUCAUAUUUUUCAUUCACUUCCUUGAGCUUUCGAAAGUCUACGUCGGAAAAUGGCAAGGACCAGAAAAUUGAGUUGGCACCGGCUCCUUCACUUCCAGUAAGAUGGAGAGGUAGAGAGUUUGACCAUGAAGAGGAACCGAGAUAUCACGAAUGCCAGAAAGCUGGUGAACGUCAAACAACCAUAACUCUUGAUGAAAACGAGGAUUAUUCUUGUCGGACAAGCAGCAGUGACAGUGAUGUUUAUGAAGAAGCAUCUGAGCAGCAGAGUACUCCGAGGACACCACAUCUGAAAGAUGGGUCGGCGUUUAUAUCAUCAGACUUGUAUGAGUUCCUGAUGUCGUCCCUCCCUAACAUGGUGAAAGGGAAUGACUGGGUCUUGAUGUAUAGUACGAUGAAGCAUGGCACAUCUCUUCGCACGCUCAUUCGAAAGAGUGCUGACAUUUCUGGCCCAUGUUUACUGAUUACUGGAGAUAGAAAAGGUGCUGUUUUUGGUGGACUUCUGGACUGUCCAUUACAAGCCACUUCUAAGAGAAAAUAUCAAGGGACACACCAAUCAUUUGUAUUCACUACCAUAUAUGGUGAACCAAGGCUAUUCAGACCAACUGGCGCCAACCGCUAUUAUUACCUGUGUUUGGAUGACUUACUAGCACUUGGUGGUGGUGGCAACUUUGCUUUACGCUUGGAUGGAGACCUGUUAUAUGGAACUAGUGGUCCCUGUGAAACAUAUGGGAACUUAUGCUUAGCCCAUGAUCCAGAAUUCGAGUUGAAGCAUGUCGAGGUAAUUUGAAUUUCAUAAAUUUCUCCUGCUAUGCUAACAAUGAUCGACCUUUUCCACACAUGCCGCAAGAAGCAUUCACGCUGUUCUUGCUGGUGUGCUGAUAUUGGCCUUCGUGUUGGUUCUGCUACACCAUUCACUAUAUGAGAAACAAAUGAUGUCCAGUUGUCUAAUAUUAGCUUUGGGGAUUUAAAUACUCAUCAAAAUACUGAAGGGGCGUGACACAGCAAGUGAAUCGAUUGAAUGCUUCAGGUUGUUGAAGAGUGUGAUGUGAUCCUGUAAUUCUUUAUUCUUUUAGGGUUGACGAUGCUGUGUAAUUCCUUGUCGAAAUCAUUCAUUGUUAGGAAGCUACCAGGGAAGACGAAUAGUUAAUCUUAAGAGUAGGGGAAGGAGGAUCUUCAUUCAUAAUUAGCUCUGGUUCUAGUUUUGGAUUCAGUUGGUAGGGACAUAUGGUCAUAUUAAGCACUGGUUGGAAUUCCAACUCCAGUUUUGGAAAUUUGAAUUCAAGUAGUAGAGUAUAGCAGUUGCAUAGAUGUACAAUCCUUAUCCCGCGCGGAGUUGGGACGAAGGAGGGAGCGAUGCUCAGAAGCAGCAGCUAAUUUAACCAACCAAUAGUUAGAACUUAGAAGACAGAUCCCAUAUUGUUGCCCAAAUAAUAGGUGAACAUCAAGCCGA